ACCUAGAACAGAAAGUGGGAGUGGCCGCUGGAAGCUAGGCCGCGCCCUGCGGAAGUGAUGCAUUGCGCAGAAGCCGCACCCCCUGGAGAAAAAGUAAGAUGUCUGCCACAGCGGGGGACAGAACGGAUGGGAAGCGCUCGGGAUCGGCAUCACCUACGGAGCCUGUACCUAUCGUAACCAUCAGGAAUAUUCUUAACUACAUGAACCGGGAUGAGAUCAGCCAACUGCGCCUGAUGUUCCUUACCGUGUACCUCAGUAACAACGAGCAGCAUUUUACAGAGGUGCCGAUCACACCAGAAACCACCUGCCGAGAUGUCCUAGAGCUCUGCAAGGAGCCAGGGGAAACAGACUGCCAUUUAGCAGAGGUGUGGCGAGGCACAGAGCGCCCUGUGCCAGAUAAUGAGCGUAUGUGUGAAGUGUUACACAAAUAUGGCACACACAGGAACGAAGCACAGUUUUACCUGCGACAUGAACGCCCUCCAUCCAGAGAAUCAGUGAAUGUUCAGAGAGUCCACGACCUGAAUGCCAAGAGAAACGGUGUGAAGAUGCCCGGCGAGAGGAGAAUGGAGAAUGGGGUUAAUGGCCCCAGGAUGGACAUGACUCUAGCAGAGCUGCAGGAGAUGGCUGCCAGGCAGCAGCAGCAGAUUGAAGCUCAGCAACGGAUGUUGGCCACCAAGGAGCAGAGGCUGAUGUUUCUGAAGCAGCAAGACCAGAGGCAACAGCAAGCCAAUGAGCAAGAGAAGCUAAAGAGGCUCAGGGAUAUUGCAGAGAACCAAGAGGCCAAGCUGAAGAAAGUGCGAGCCCUGAAGGGCCAUGUAGAGCGGAAACGGAUCAGUAAUGGGAGACUGGUGGAGGAAAUUGAGCAGAUGAGUAACCUGUUCCAGCAGAAGCAGAAGGAUCUUACGACAGCCGUGUCCAAGGUGGAGGAGCUUAGCCGCCAACUGGAAAUGUUAAAGAAUGGCCGUAUUGAAGGUUACCAUGACAACCAGUCUGCCGUUUCUGAGCUCGAUAGACUGUAUAAAGAGCUUCAGCUGAGGAACAAGCUGAAUCAGGAGCAGAAUGCCAAGCUGCAGCAGCACAGGGACAAUCUGAACAAGCGCAACGCUGAGGUGGCAACCAUGGACAGACGCGUGAAUGAGCUGCGCGAGCGCCUGUGGAAGAAGAAGGUGGCCCUGCAACAAAAGGAGAACGUACCAAUUUCUCCUGAUGGGAAUCUACCUCAGCAGGUAGCGAGUACUCCCAGCAGAGUAGCUGCAGUGGGCCCUUACAUUCUGUCGGCCACCAUGCCGAGGGGCCCCUCUUCCAGGCCGGAGCUGGUUGUUAAGCCAGCGUUCCCUGAAGGGACCAGCACUACACAAGUACCUGAUGUGCCACUGAAAUCCCAAACCCUGCCCAACAUGAAGACUGCAUCCCAGGGCAAAAACUCACAGGGUGGGUACAGUAUCAAACAGCAGCCAGUGGGCACUAAUUGGAGUGAUGCAAAUGGUAAUAUCCAAGGCUCUCUCAGCAGUGCUGGACAGGCUGGGAGUGCGGAGAAAGAUAAGAAGAGCCGGCCAUGUUCAAUGUUUGAUUCAGUCGAGCCUCCUCCUGGGCCUCCAAAUUUUGGAACACUGCGCAAGAAUCAAAGUAGCGAGGAUCUUCUGAGAGACCCACAGGCUCUCACAAAAGGAGUGACAAAAGUACCCCCACCUGUACCAUCUAAACCAAAACAAAUCAGCCUCACUCAAUAUGGCCCUCCCCCCCAGCCCCCUGUAAUUGAACCUAAGUCUGAUGCCAGUUCACAGAAAUCUCCUGCUUCACUACAAGGAAACAAGCAAAGAGCAGCCCAGCAAGCAAGAGUUCCUGUCCCUAUAAACCCAGAGUCUGUUCCCACACCUAAAGUGGAUAACCCACCAGCUGUAGCAGUACGGCCUUUUACCCCCCAGCCUGCUAAGGAGCCCCCUCCUCCACCCUUCCGCAAGCCCAAGACAGUCGCAGCAAGCUCCAUUUACUCCAUGUACACACAGCAACAAACACCCGGAAAGAAUUACACUGUGCAAGGCGCCCUCACCCGAUCUCAGACGCGACAACCCUUCUCUAGCGUGUAUGGCAAACCAGUGCUUAAUGGAUCCCAGAGCCAACAGACAAUGAACCAAUCAGCAGACGGCACUUGUGUAGAUGGGCAAGUUAAAUCAAACAGCCCUGAGCCAGAUGGUGAUACUCCAGUGACUGUCCAGGAGAGCCAAGAGACUGAAAGAAUUCCUCGCCCUCUUAGCCCUACCAAACUCUUGCCAUUCCUGUCCAAUCCCUACCGGAACCAGAGCGAUGCUGACUUGGAGGCAUUAAGAAAGAAACUUUAUAAUGCGCCCAGACCACUAAAGAAGAGGAGCUCUAUCACAGAACCCGAGGGCCCCAAUGGACCAAACAUUCAGAAGCUUUUGUACCAGAGGACUACUCUGGCUGCCAUGGAGACGAUAUCUGCCCCUAAGCAAAGCCCUGUGGCCUCCAUCUCUGAGAAUUCUGGGGAGGGGCUAGAGGUCCAUGUGACUGCAGACCAGGAAGCAGAAUCUCAGGAGGAAAGUGCUUCUUCGCUACAGGUUCUUGAACCUGAAACAAGAGAACCAAUUGUGGUUCCUGAAGAAAUCGAAUUGUUGUCGCCGGUGCUGGGUCCUGACUAUGUGCCUGAGGGGAGACCUGAGGAUAUUCUUCCUCUUCCACCUCCUCCUGAAGAACUGAAUGUGGUUACAUCCCAGCCCCCUGACACAAUCAUAGAGGAGUACCCCCCAUAUCCUCCUCCUCCUUAUCCCACCUCUGGGGAACGGGACAGUCUGGUUGAAGAUCCAUCUAACUUGCGACCUCCAGAGAUCACUGGUCAAUUCUCUCUUCCUCCUGGUAAAAGGACGAACCUGAGGAAGAAUGGAUCUGAGCGCAUCAGCCAUGGAAUGAGAGUGAAAUUCAACCCACUGGCUUUGCUCCUGGAUUCCUCUUUAGAAGGGGAAUUUGACCUUGUACAGAGAAUAAUCUAUGAGGUUGAGGAUCCCAGCCAGCCUAAUGAUGAAGGCAUCACGGCCCUGCAUAACGCAGUGUGUGCCGGUCACACUGAGAUUGUGAAGUUCUUGGUGCAGUUUGGGGUGAAUGUAAAUGCAGCAGACAGCGAUGGCUGGACCCCAUUACACUGCGCAGCGUCGUGCAACAACGUGCAAGUGUGCAAGUUCCUGGUAGAGUCUGGAGCAGCUGUGUUUGCUACAACGUACAGUGAUCGACAGACUGCCGCAGACAAGUGCGAGGAGAUGGAGGAGGGCUACAGCCAGUGCUCCCAGUUUCUCUAUGGUGUCCAGGAAAAGAUGGGCAUUAUGAACCGGGGGGUGAUCUAUACCCUUUGGGACUAUGAAGCAGAGAAUGACGAUGAGAUAACGAUGAAGGAAGGAGACUGUAUGACCAUCCUGCGCAGGGAAGAUGAAGAUGAGACCGAGUGGUGGUGGGCCCGGUUAAAUGACAAGGAGGGAUAUGUCUCCCGCAACUUGCUUGGGCUGUACCCAAGGAUCAAGCCAAGGCAAAGAUCUCUGGCGUAAAGAUCCUGCAUAUGAAGUAUUAAACAUAUCACGGAAGAAACUAGGUCUAAUAAUUUCACAAGAUCUUCAGAUCCGAUUCACUUGAAAGUAACCGCAUCUUUUCCAUAUGAAGGAUUUUGAUUGGUGUUGUAGAACAGAGGACGUUUUAUACCUGCAAGCAGAGUGUAGCCUCCAUAUAGAUUCAUUUGCAAACAGCUAAAGGAUCUCUGAACCUGAACAGAUGAGGUGGCACCCUUAACUUUAACCCUUGUGGUUUAUUCAAGACACUUUAUACGUCCAUUGUGGACACCAGACUGAUCACUAACACCAUUCUCAGUCUAUUUUUUGUAGUUCUUUGUCUCUGGUUGCCAAUGUUUUUGCUGCAUCCUACGAAGAGAAGUCAUUGGCUAAAGUGGAUUUCUUAGGACAUUAAUGGGCUUACUAAUUGAUCCAUCAAAAUCUAUUUCCUUAUUUUGUUUUUUUUUUUUUCUCCUCCACUAACAUGAAGCGUAGCCUUUAUCAGCAUUACCGUGUAGAUUUAGGAAUUUGCAAUCCUAAUAUUUUACUUAAACAUCAUAUUUAUUUUAUUACUUUCAUUUAAUUAGUGAAUGUAUCAUUUGUAGGGUGGGAAAAAAUAAAUACAGCAAAUGUU